AUGUCCAGAAGCGCUCUGCAGGUUUACUUGGUAUACUUUGUCGGGUGCGACGUCAACCUACGCUAUAACAGCGCGUCUUCCGGCGCCGCUGCUUUCGCCACGGGCGACCACCCUACCCAGUCCGGGUCCCCUUCAUACCCGCACACGCACACGAUGUUCCUUACGACACUCCCAUCCAAGUUCCCGCUGCCGCCCGCGGCGCAUGAGGUCCCAGGCUCGGACGAGACCUACUUCAUGUACUGCUUUGAAUGCGCCCGGAACUGGAGGGAGCAAUUCGUCUUCGCUGGCAACUCUCUUGCGAAUGGCACCCUCUACUUGAUACGCAGCUUGGGAGUCGAGCCGCAGGCUUCGAACCCGGACGACUCGGCCGCGAAGUACCACGAGAGCGCGCACUGGCAGCUCGGCAACGCGAGACACCUCCAGUACCCCGACACCGAGGCAAUCGCUGCAACACUGCUCGUCCAGUACUCCCUCCUCACCGGCGGUCGCAGAAACCGGCACGGGAAGCUAGAAGAUCCACGAGAAGCAAAACCUCAAGCUUACCUUGAUGAACAUGACGCCAGGCCUGCUAGCGAGGCCGAAGAGGACCAUGCGUCACUCUCGGGACGCCCCCGCGCUUCCUGGCGCUUCCUGGCGCUCUACCAACGCCUUUCGGGCAGCAGCUUCUGGGCGAACUCGCCGCAGACCGGCGUUCGUAUGGACCUGCUCACGGGGUCCCCAGAUGAAGUGGCCCUCGCGACUGGGGAGAUCUCCGCGCUCGCGAGUUGGAAGAACGCGGGGCUGGUACGCCGGGGCGGGCUCAGCGUGCGCGAGCUCGUCCGUAAUGCUGCGUCUCGCUUUGCUAUGGUGGAUGAUAACAUUCUGCCGGUGCAGAAAACGGGCAUCUCAACUAUCGACGAGCCCCAGGACAUCAAGUACCUGCAAGGCGCGCUUGCGAAGACAAAACAGCAAUUAUUGGACAGUGAGCUGAACAAUGAGGGGUGGAAGCUCCAGGUCGACAACGACCGAAGAGAAAUCAAAAAAUUGGAGGAGCUCGAGAGAUGGAAAGCGGAGGCUCGGCAUUCGCAGGACGCGGUGACUGGACUGGGAAUGGACAUUACAGUAUUGAGAGGUCAACACGAAGAGCAAGAUAGUAUUGUGGCCUCCUUGCAUGCGGACAUUGACCGUCUGGAGUCUGAGAUCCGGAGCCAUGCCGAGACCAUGGCGCGCUUAAAGGUACGAAUAUCCCAAGUUGAUGAAGCGACAACUUGUCCCGUCUGCUUGGAGAGGCUGUGGACACCGUGGUUGUGCGUGCGCUCCGUCCUUUUAGCUGUGUUCUCGAGCAUCGAACUGACGUCCCAAGCAGCCUACCUUGUGGGCACGUAUGCUGUCGGCUAUGACCAUCGGCAUCUAGACGCUCUACGUGCUAUUCUGAACGCACGGCCUGCCCUUGAAGCACAUUCCGCCGCCCGGACUACAGCGUAUGCCGAGAUCGGAGUCAUAGAAGGGACACUGCCGCAUCCCCGGUUUACAUGUCCCGAGUGUCGUGCCGUCGUAGGCACCAAACCGAUUGAGGCGUAUUCGCUGAAGGAAGUCGCCGCAUUGGUCGCCGAAAUUCAAGGAGAUGAUCGCCCCGAGUCGCCAUCCGUUUCUGUAUCGGCCGCUGGCAGCAUUAGCCAACCGUCCACCAGUCGCAACGCGUUCGAUGAGUUCUUCCCUUGCCUGAACCCAUACGCGUCGGACGAACCCUGA